AUGCCACUACUCCACUUCCCAAACGAGCUGAUCUUGCAAAUCUCCCAAGAGUUAUCACCACCGGACUUGAAUUCCCUCCUAACCGCUAACCGUUCACUCUCGACGCUGCUGCAAUCGCCGUUAUACGACAGCAUCUGCCGCAGCGAGGAGUUCAUGGUAAAGUAUAGUGAAAGCGCCCUGCACUCCGCAGCGAAUCGCGGUGACGAAUCGGCUAUCGGGAAGCUUUUGGAGAGGGGUGCCCUGUGUCGUAUUGAUAAUGACAAGUUUAUGGAGAGGGUGGUGGAGAGCUUCGAUGAGUUGGCCUUGCGGACGCUACUGGACGGCGGGUUCGACGUGAAUAUGCGGAACUCCUCUGGAAAGACGUUGCUGUCCAUGGCGGCUGGGGGAGGGGUAAGGUGUGCGCACGGGGCUCUCGGGUGGCUGCUAGAGAGGCGCUCCGUGGAUGUUAAUGCUACCGAUUUGGGCAGCUGCACACCCCUGGUGCACGCGGUUCACGGGCAGAACGUGUCCGCUGUUAGGGCGCUGCUGGCGGAUAAGCGCGUGGACGUCAACCUCCCGAGUCCCUCUGGGCGGACGGUGCUGCAUCAGGCGGCGGUGCAGGAGAGCGAGGAGGUAAUAAGGCUGUUGCUAGAGCACGGGGACAUCGAGGCUAACCCUUGCGACGAUCGCGGGCUCACGCCGCUGUCCUCCGCCGUUGGUGAGAGGAAAGAGGUUGCCGUGCGUGCACUUUUGCGCGAUCCUAGGGUCGAUGUGAACCUUUUUGAUAAUUGCGGUCAAGCGCCGUUGCACUAUGCUGCCGACCUGGGAGUCGAUACGAUUGUCCGAAUGUUGCUGGAUGUCGCGGACAUCGAGGUUAACCUCCGGGACUUUCGUGGCUGGGCGCCCUUGUAUCAUGCUGCUAUGCUGGGCAAAGAAGGGGUUGUGCAGAUUCUACUUGAAGAUGAGAGGGUCCAGGUUAACCUUGGCAACAAGGACGACGAAACACCAUUGACUACGGCGGUGUUGGGAGGGUAUGAUAAGGUUGUCAAGUUGCUAUUGAGGCGCCCGGAUAUCCAGGUCAAUUCUCAAGACCUGACUGGCCGAACACCCUUAAGUUUCGCAACAGCCCCAAUGACCCUCGGGCAGAGCGGCAUGGUGAACUACGGAGAAGUCGUCCGUCUGUUGCUUGAGGACGAGCGAACGGACGUCAACCUCCCAGACAAGUUGCUCAGGACCCCCCUUCACCACGCAUGCAAAAACUCGCAAGUCGAAAUCGUUAGGCUCCUCCUAGCCCACCCAUCAACAGACCCCAACGCUCAAGAUUCGACGCGCUCGACCCCAUUAUCCCUCGCCACCCGCCUGGGCGGUAGCUUGGUCGGCACAGAACCGACGGUAGAUGCCCUCCUCUUGGAUCCCCGCGUCAUCGUGAAUUCAAAAAACGAAGACGGAUUGACCCCCUUCCACCUGGCCGUCGAGCACACAAACAUCGCUGUCGUCUUCCGCUUGUUCAAUGACCCACGUGUCGAUGUGAACUCCAGAAACUCCACCCUCCAGACACCCCUGCACACGGUUGCGGCCACCGCGGGCCAGUUCCGGGAUAUGCUCGCUGAGAUGCUGAUUGCGCGUGAGGGUUCGGACGUCAAUGCUCGCGAUCAAAGCGGGAUGACACCUCUAUCCACUGCUCUGCGGUCGGACGUCAUCCACCGCGAGCCGGGGCAGUUAGAGGGGCUUGUGAAAACCUUUUUGAGGCACAGGGAGGUGGAUGCCAAUUUGCAAGAUAACCAGGGGAGGGGGCCACUGUAUUUCGGGGUAAAGAGGGGCGGCGAUGGGAAGGUGCUCGAGAUGCUACUCAAGCAUGAGGGGGUCGAUGUUGGGGUUAAGGAUCGGGAGGGGAGGGAUUUGUUGGAGGUUGCGGAAGCGGAGGGGAGUGAUAUUGGGGUGAAGCGGAUUUUGAGGAAAUAUCUUGGUAAGGAGGGGGGCAGAGACAAAGACGAGGGAAGGUGA